AUGGAAGACGGAAAAUGGGUCGAGGGAAGCAUCUGGUUUUAUGCUCCGAACAAAGGGGCUCCAGUCUUCUUCGCCGUAGCAUUUGCAGCGUCAGGGCUCUUGCAUCUCUGGCAGAGCUUACACUACAAGAGCUGGAAGCUCACAGGCCUCUACGUCUUUACCUCGACCAUCUUCGCCGCCGGUUUCAUCAUGCGAGAAAUAGGCGCCUUCAACUACGAGAGCAUCGAGAUAUAUAUUGCUAGCAUCGUCCUCGUAUUUGUCUCUCCACCGCUGUACGAACUCGCGAAUUACUACAUCCUCGGCCGCAUCCUCUACUACUGCCCCUACUACUCGCCCAUCCAUCCGGGCCGCGUCCUCACGACCUUUACGGGCCUGUCGAUCCUGGUCGAGGCGCUCAACGCCAACGGCGCCGUCAACACGGCCAACACAACCCUGCCCGCGUCGACGCAGGCCACGGGGCGCGCCCUGCUCAAGGCGGCGCUGGUGCUGCAGCUCGCCAUCAUCGUCACCUUCGCCGGCCUGGCCGUCACCUUCCACGUCCGGUGCCGGCGGGCGGGCGUGCGCAACGCGGGGCUCUAUGGGGCCCUGGCCACGCUGUACGGCAGCACGGCGCUGCUGCUGGUGCGCACCGUCUUCCGCACGGCCGAGUACUUCACCAUCGCGCAGCUGAACGCCGGGGGCGUGGCGGACCCCAACGCGCUGAGCCCGCUGGUGCGGUACGAGUGGUUCUUCUACGUGUUCGAGGCCGGGCUCAUGCUGGGCAACACGGUGCUGCUCAACGCGCGGCACCCGCGGCGGUACCUGCCCGAGACGAACCGGACGUACCUGGCGCGCGACGGCGUGACCGAGGUGGACACGCGGGCGCCGGGCCGGGAGAGGCCGUGGUACGUCAAGGUGGCGGACCCGUUCGACCUCGUCGGGCUGGCGAUGGGCAAGGACAAGGAGACCAAGUUCUGGGAGAUUGACGAGCGGGAAGCCGCCAGUGCCGGCGCCGGCGCCGGGGAGGGCGGCGGGCUGGCGCUCGUGUUGAAGCCGUCCGGGUACGGGUCGAGCACGCGCGGGGAGGUGGUCUAG